CUGACUUCCGGUUCAGACAAGCCCAUGUGGACUUGUGGACGGCCGCGGCGGCGGAUGCCACGAUCAGCAGUCCGUGAUCAGCGUGUUCUCGGCGCGCCUGUGCUCGCACGUUCUCGUACGUCACAAAUCCUUCCGCCCCGGUUCCCUUCGCCGCGUCAUCCGGACUCUGUCGCGUCGCCAUGACGGACCUGGACGAUUUUUUCGCCAAGAAAGACCGUAAGAAGGCCAAGGGCAAGAAAUUUGCUACGACCGACGAGGUCGCCAAGAAGCUGGAAGAGACGGGCAAGCGAAUCGAGAAGCCCAAGCCGAAGGAGAAGCCGGCGAAUCCGGAGGGCGAGGAGUCCCAGCACACCGAGGAUGAAGACGAAUGGAAGGAAUUUGAGGAAGAGAAGAAAGAUUACAGUGGUUUGAAAAUUGGUGUCUUAACGGUAAAUGAUAGUAUUGACGCAGAAUCAGACGACGAAAGGGGUACUUUCGAAAUCAGUUCAGAUGGAGAAUCUGGCGAAGGUGGCACAAAGUACACGGGACCAUGGAAGAAACCAGAUUUGCCACCGGAAGCACCUGAAGUAGUACCGACACCACCUGCCCCGCCUGCCGCUGCCGCCUCCACUGGAAGUAGUUAUAAAGCGCCACAUUUACGAAAUCAACCUACGUUUGCUAGUCCACGACCACGAGGCAGAAAUGUCGCUCCCGAUAUAAAUAGUGAGGAAUAUUUCCCUACCCUGAACGCCAAGCCUCAGCAAAAUAACGGCAGUAGCCCAUGGGGCAGACGGCGGCGAGAUGAAGGAGUAUUCGAGGAAGUUCGUAACCGAGGUGGAAGCAGAUCGUAUAACGUACCAGAUUCACAAGCUCAAACGCCCAAGCUCUCCCUUGGCAACAAGUAUGGCGCCCUGUCGCAAGAUCAGAGCUGAAAACACCUAUCUGGACAGAAUCAAACAAUAUGCAAUCAAUAUCACAUCGUCGCCCCUCCCCGCUUCGUGGCCCAACCUCGCCGAGAAAAUCUAUUUUCUAGACUAGGACGCAGUGUAUAUUAUAGAAUGUGUAUGCACAUAUACACGACCCCGCGGUUUCAUAAAAUUCCGGGGAUACUAAUUCCGGUUCUCUCAUCGGCGAUUUUAAAGUGAUCGCGGGACAGAUCGUUGAUCCUAGGUAUUUGCACACACGUGCGCUCAUGGACCUUGUAACUAACUCGAAACGAAUAUCGUGCAUGUGCGCAAGCUUAUUUUCAUACCGUAUAGACAACGUGAUUGGAAAUCGAUUUUUAUAUUUCAUUUUGUAAUCAGAGCAUAGUGUGUAGUAUGCUGCUUCCAGGAAAGACGAAUAAAGAAUGGAUUCUAAUGCUCGAAUCCUCAAAAACGAUGGACCGGAAUAACGUUGUUACUGCGAGUAUGCGUUCUCGUUACGUGGAUUGUAGUCUAAAGAAAAAAGAGUAUCAUUUGUUAAGGUAUUUUACGUGGUAUUUGCACUUUUUUUUAUACGGUGCUACUUUUGAUUUAGCGUGCAUAAUUACUGCCACGAUCGAUGCCUUCUCAUUGAGUGUUAUCGAUGUAAAUAGGACUGAUCACGUUGACGUCCAAACACGAUAUACCUCGAGAUCGGCACAAUUACGUCGAGAUCGAAAUUCGCGCAAUUAAUCUCGUAUAGAACAAUUCUGUAUGAGGGCUAAAUAAUCUCGAAGAAUCACGAGAUGCUUCUUGGGCCCUCCCUCCUUCCCUCCCUCUCUAUCUAUCUCUCCACUUUUGAAGGAGUGUCGCUUCGCUCAAAAUGGCAACGUGCGUCAACGAACGAAAAUUUCUAGAUAAAUUAAUUAAGGCAUAUAUAAAAAUAUGUAUGUAUAUUAUUAAUCGAAUUUCGCGGGGCUGGGCUUUGAACGGCGCGGAAACAAUAAAGAUAACACAAAGUAAUAACACGAACGCAACUUUGAGUGAGAGUAACGAGGGGCAUAAUAGUUAAUUAAAGCGCGAAACCGAAGCUACCGUGUCGCGGUGGUGUUGUACACAAAAUAGGAGGGAGAAAGACAUAUACGCAUACACUCGUGUUAAGCAUAAAAUGAAAAUCCUAUGUACACCUUUGUUGACGAUUGUACAAUUUUUUUUUUUUUUUUUUUUGUUGUAAGAAUUUCUUUUCCAAGAUGAAGAGUGUGCGGCGAAUAAAUAUCGAAUCCGUUUCUUGGGAGACGGUUUCUCAUUGUUGGCGGAUCCUCCCCGGCGGGGUGACGCGUGUUGUUUACAGAACGCGAUGAGGAGAAUGCCAUACGGAAACGGUAGAUAAUAAUAAGAAUUCUUGUAUAGCGUGUGAUAAAAUGUGAUUAUUUAUAAAUAAAUUUCUUAGGAUAACUCGUACGUACUGCCUCCGAGCAUUUUUCUUUUAGUUUGCCGUACCGUAUAUCGUCGAUCAGCCGAUUCCCGAAGCGUAACGCUCGGUCACUCGUGCGCGAGCCGGCUUGGCCGAUCGUCUUUCCAUGAAUGCGAUUUAUGUCGGAAACGAUGCAGAUAAAUAACGCGUUGUAGCGCCAGAAGAAAUUUAAACUUAAGCACACGGCGGAGAAACGCGCAAUACCCGGUGCCUCUUGGAGACAGUUUCAAAUUGAUUUUUGGUCGCCGCGGCGACGCGGAUUAGCCUGCCCUUUGUUACAGAAUAGUUGAGAUACAAUAAUUUUAUCGCUACUGUUACAUGAGAGCGAGCGAUAGAAUGACAGGAAGUGAGAGUGCGCGAAAGUGUGGGAUGCGAGCGUACGUGGCGUAUUUAAUAAAACUCAAUCACC